AUGUUUACCAGUGCUACGACCAGACGAUACGUGUUGACGUUCUCCCGGCAGUGCCGUCGCUUCAAACAUACAACCUUCACUGAAAAAUGCCCUAAGCCAACCUAUGACACAGGGUGCACGUUUUGCACUCCUCCGCCGGAAAUACAGGCUACGCUGAAAACUCCUCCAGAAUCCAUUCGCCACACGAUUCCGCCAUUGAGCAAGGUAAUCGUGUACCGUUCAAACAACAAAGACAACGAAUCAUGGCCGAAGAAAGUGGAGGCCUACGAUAUCAUGAGAAACAUUAGUAAAGUGGGCCGAGGUAACGGGAACAUGAUAUGUCUCUCCUCCUUAUCGCCAAAGCACCCAGAAGCUAUAGAAACAGAAGCAGAUUUCUUUAUCUUUCCGGACGCCAAAAAUAUAUACAUCGACCUCCAGUCACAAUCACAAGACACUGCCUUCGUAAAACUUUUUCAAACGCUGAAUAGUGGGAAGGCUCUAGAAUCCACGCCGACUCUCACUGUUACACCUGUAGAGAAAACAAUAGUCUUGAUAUGUGGGCACGCAAAAAGGGACAUCCGGUGUGGGGUGGUUGGAAAGCUGGUGCAUGACGAGUUUGUCCAAGUGUUGAGCCAGGAAAAGCUCUCCGAUAAAAUAGAGCUCGGUUACAUCAGCCAUGUUGGAGGCCACGUAUAUGCUGGAAACGUCGUGAUUUUGAAGCCCGAUGGUACAGUCACUUGGUAUGGCAUGGUGCAGCCUCAACACGUGCAAGGAAUCGUUGAGAAAUCCAUCAAGGACAAUCAAGUUAUUGAGGAACUUUCCAGAAACUGA